GCGCGGAGCGCGGCUGUGCGGGAGACAAUAGCGGAGCGCUCGGCUCCGCGCCGCGCCGGGCAUGGGCGGCCAGGGCUGCGCGGCCCCGCGGCCCCCGCGCCGCCCCAGCGGGCUGUAGCGGGGCGGGGGGCGGAGGGAGAAGGGGGCGAUGCCCCACGCCGAGCCCAGCCCGCCGCUGUGCUGAGCCGGCGGGGCUGGCUGAGCGGGACAUGGUGCUGGAGCCCCCCGUGACGCUGCCCGGGUGGCCAAGGGGCGGCUGCUGAGGAGCUGGAGCGAGGCCACGGUGAGGGAGCCCCGAGGAUCCGGCUGGGGAGCCAUGGGGAGAUGCAACGGGCGAUGCACGCUGGUGGGAUUCUGCUGCCUGCAGCUGGUCGCUGCUCUGGAGAGGCAGAUCUUUGAUUUCCUGGGAUACCAGUGGGCCCCCAUCCUGGCCAACUUCCUGCACAUCAUGGCCGUGAUUUUGGGGAUUUUCGGGACCAUCCAGUACAGAUCCAGAUACCUCAUGAUGUACGCCGUGUGGUUGGUGCUGUGGGUCGGCUGGAACGCCUUCAUCAUCUGCUUCUACCUGGAGGUCGGGCGCUUGUCACAGGACCGGGAUUUCAUCAUGACCUUCAACACAUCCCUGCACCGCUCGUGGUGGAUGGAGAACGGCCCUGGCUGUUUGGUGACGCCGGUGCUCAACUCCCCGCUGGCGCCCGAGGAUCACCACGUCAUCACGGUCAGCGGCUGCCUGCUGGACUACCAGUACAUCGAGGUGGUGAGCAGCGCCACGCAGAUCUUCCUGGCGCUCUUCGGCUUCGUCUACGCCUGCUACGUCAGCAAAGUGUUCCUGGAGGAGGAGGACAGCUUUGAUUUCAUCGGCGGCUUUGACUCCUAUGGGUACCAGGCACCGCAGAAGACGUCGCACCUGCAGCUACAGCCGCUCUACACCUCGGGAUAACCGGAGCCAGCGGCGCCAGGACCCCGCGGUGCCACCACCCCCUGAUGCCACCACUCCGGGCGCGACGGGGCCACCACGGCGAUCACCCGGGACACGGCGGGGGCUGUGCCACCCCUGGGCACCCCCUGCCCGCCGUGGGGACGCGGGGACAGCGCGGAGGUGGCAGCGCUCACGGACACCGCUGGAUGUGUUUGUCCCAGCCUGGCUUUUCCUUGGAGCAGCGGAGUUUGGGACAAGGACAAGGACAGGGACAGCACCGCCCUGGGGACAGGCAGGGUUGGGACAAUGUCCUGCCACUCCGGAUCUGGCUCAGACUGGCUCCAAGCACGGGAUUUGUGCUCCCACAGGAAUUCUCCCACCGGGAUGAAGCAGCAGCGCCGGGACUCGCUCUGGGACGCUCUGAGGAGUCGGAUCCGACCCCUGAUUUGGGGACACGGGGGACACACAGGACCCUGAGCCCCCUGCACCCCCUCCCUGCCGCGUUUGGGGGCCUUGCUCCGAGCUGGGAGCCCCGAGGCUGCUGUGGCCCCUCCCCGGCCCUUGGAACGAUCUGAUGAAUGUUUUGGGUUUUGCUUUGGGAUUUUUUUUCUUCCAAUCAUUUAUUUGGGUUUUUAUUUAAUUUAAAGUGCCUGAGUAGACUCUGGCUGAGCAGACCCCCCCUCUCCAAGGCUGACACCGUGCCUUCAGCAGGGCUGGGACCCCCAGGGCCCCCCAAACCUCACCCAGGGCUGGGGGUCCCACCCUGGUCCCUUCAUCCGUAGGGGGCUCAGUGCCAAAUUCAUCCAUCAGCUCCAGGGGCACAGGGAUAUCAGCACUGGGGGAGGAUUUUUGGGGGGUGUGAGGUGGGCUGGGCAGGGAUUGCUUUGCAGGAGGAAGAUCAGCUGGGAAGGAAAAGCCUUGGAAAGAAUUUGAAGGAAAAAAGGAGUUUCCUGGAGUGUCCCAGCUCCCCAGAAGCUCCUCGCUCUCCUUUCCGUGGGAUGUGGCUCCUCCAGGAUUCUGGAUCUGCUCCCAGGCCCACCUUGCGCCCCGGGAUGGAGCUGCGGAAUUUGGGUGGAUUUCACCUCCCAGCUGUUUCUCCUCCAGUGCCAGGGGAGUUUUUUACACCCUGGAAUGGUUUUUGGCCCUUCCCCACAGGGAGCCCUGGAAGUGCCAGGAGCUGGGAUGGGCUGAGCCACCUCCAGCCAAGCUGUGAACUCUACAGGCAAUAAUUUUCCACCCUUUGCCCCUCUUUUUUCCAUGGAAAAUUGUGGUUUUUUCAGGCAGUGAUCCCCCUCAUCCCCCAGAGCACAUCCCCAUCCCCAAGCCCUGGGGCCAGCAGCAUCUCUGGGGUUUAUUUUCCUCUCCAGGACCAAGGAUGCUGCACUGGGAUGGGAUGGGAUGGGAUGGGAUGGGAUGGAUGGACAUGCAGACACUCCCCAUGUCCCAACCCUUCCCAAAGCCAGCAGGAAGAGCUCACUGCGUUAAAGCUCUUGGGAAGAGCCUCCCUCCCUGCCCUGGGCUCCACAGGGGCCGGGCACGGCGCUCCAGGACCUUGGGUGUUUCUGUUCCGUUGGCUUGGUUUUCUAUGAGCCCGUCUUUGUAACGUGAAUCGAGGAUUUCUUUUCUAUUCUGUAAUUAUAAAAGUCAAAGGAAAGUUUCA